ACUGUGCAGAGCGGACUCCAGGAAACACGGGGACGAAGUACAAGACACUAAUGCGUCCAUGUGAAAGAAACUGGUACUAAUAUCUUAUACGAACUAGGAUCUACAGCUCUUAAAAUAUGGCUAGAAAUCUAAACGACAUCAUUAAGAGUACCAUGCUAUGGCUCCCUGCGCGACUGACUUUGGCGGCGAUGGCGUGGCUCGGCUUCAUCAACCUGUAUAUGGUGAGGAUCAACCUCUCCGUCAUCAUCGUGGCGAUGGUGCGCCGCAAUACCACUGUCGACAGAAGAGCUCCUUGCCUCUCCCUGUUUAACAAUACACUUGGUCUCGAGACAGAUGACAAUCCGCACAUGACAGAAAACGAGGAAGGUGAGAUGAACUGGGACGAAACAGUUCAAGGUUUUGUGUUGGGCAGCUUCUUUUACGGUUACGCAGUGUCUCAGAUAAUUGGUGGUCGAGUGUCUGAAUUAUAUGGCACGAAAUUGGUUUUUGGAGGAUGCAUAUUUUCGGGAGGACUUGCUGCGUUCUUAUCACCCGUUGCUGCACGUGCACACUAUGGAGUCUUCAUUACUCUCAGGAUCAUCCAAGGAAUAUGUCAGAAUAACAUCAAAAGAACUGAAAUACAUCGAGGAUGCUCUGCACGAGCAAGGGAGGAAUACUGAUUGUUCACUGAAGCUUCCAGUGAGAAGCAUUUUUACCAGUUUGCCAGUGUGGGCAAUCAUAUUCGCAAAUGUAGGUAACACAUGGGGUCUGGCUGUUUUCCUUGCCCAACUGCCAACCUACAUAAAAAACAUCCUCGGAUUCUCCAUCAAACAGAACGGUUUUCUCUCAGCUCUCCCUUUCCUGCUGCGUUAUGUAGGCGCCAUUCUAUGGAGUAGUCUAGGAGACUGGCUGACGACGCACAGAUAUCUUUCAGUCAGAACAUCUCGUAGAUUAUUUAGUGUUCUAGACCCUUGGUCAGUGGCAGAAAGUCUUUUGGAUAUGCGUCCCGAUGUACGCUCUCACGGAGGUGUUUUACCUUGUCUUCAGCUCCGGCUCCGUCCAGUCCUGGAACUACAGAGAGAAGACCUCUGCAGAAGAAGAACUCUCGGCGGAGAAUGCUGAACAUAGCGAACUAGUUAUGCUUAGUGAUGAGCAAAGUUUCAAGAAAUGACAAAUUAUUUGGUUAUCCUUUGACGUUUAAUUGUGAUUCUAGGAUAAAUGCUAGAGGAUAAUAUAUUGGUUAAUUAGGGGUUCGAUUUGUUUGGUUUCUCUUAGAUUUGCUUAGUUUAAUUAAGUCCGGGUUAACUUACAUUUGGUUUAUUUCUGGUAAUGCCUGGAUUGGGUAAGUUGGGCUAGGUUAAAUUGUGUAAAGUUUGGUUCAGUUGUCGGGGAAAAUCACGAUGCAUUUCCUUCACUCUGUAAGUAUAGAGCUAGUAGCUUUGGGGUUGCAGGUCACAGGGCAGAUGUAAUGUCCAGCCUACAGCACAUUUUUGCGAAAGUAUUGCAUUAGAUGUAUGUAACAGAAUAAGUGUAAAUCUGAAACCGCCCAAUUUCUUAAAACAGAUAUGUUUCCCUAUUUGUAGCUUUAACAUCGCGCCUGUCAACAAUAACAGAAAAUACCCUAAUUAAAAUGUAAGCUUUCA